GUACGGGGAUUCUUACCUGGUUCUCAGGGACGUGCGCAUGCGGUGCACCUUCGCAGCCACGGACUCGGGCGGCCUCGCGGGCUCCCGCCUCGGCGUCUUCGACCGGUACGCCCACGUGCUGAAGGAGUACACCGACGCGGAGCUCCGCGCCGUCGCCGACGUCGCCACCGCGGGCCCGGGCGGACCCAGGCCAGACCUGCUGUGCGGGGAGACGGAGGACUGCACCGCCGCCUGGAUCACGGUCGGCCUCCCGGGGAUGGCGCGGGGCGGCGGGCGCCACUACUUCGAGGUGCGCCUCCUCGCGGGGUGCGCCUCGCCCCAGGUGGGGCUGCUGAGCACGGCGUACGAGAAGCGCCCAGGCGUCAAGGCGUCGAGCGGCGUGGGGGACGACGCGCACGGGUGGGCCGUCGACGGCCAGCGCGCCCUGGUGCUCCACGGCGGUCGCUCCAGGUUCUGGGACUCCCAGGACUGCUGGCCCCAGGAGGAGAGGACCAUCCGCGGCGAGGCUGGCGUACAUUCUGGCACGGUCCUCAAAGAGGACACCAUCGUCGGCAUCGCGGCAGACUUGGAGGCGGAUCCGCCUCGAUUCUAUUUUACUUCGGACGGCCAGUGGGGCAGCGAGAGCAUGCUCGUCAGGGACCGGCACCAGGUGCGGCUCCAGAAGGUGUCCGUGGAUGACGCGCUGGGGCUGGAGUUCGCGGCCGACAGCCGGGAGAUCCUGCGCAUCGCCAGCACGGGCCUCGCCGCGCGGUGGAACGCGAGCUGCUCCGACGAGUCCAGCGCCGCGCGCCCCGGCGACCGCGUCGUCGCCGUGGGCGGCAGGCCGGUGUCCUCUGGCGGGCAGUUGCGCCGCGCGCUGGACGAGGCGCUGGCCAGCUCCGACUGCGUGUGCCUCGAGCUGGAGCGGUGCCGCAGCGGCCGCGGCCUGCUCAGCGUCUACCCGGCCGUGUCCGUGCAGGGGAAGGUCGAGUUCAUCUUCGGCAGCCCGGGGGACCCCCUGCCGGUGGGCCUCCGGUGGAAGCCGCCCAGCUCGGGCUACUCCCUGUGGCCUCGGGCGCCCGCCCCCUCGGUGCGCGCAGACUGCCCCCUCGUCGGCUCGUCCGCGAGCAUGGGCGUGUACAAGGAGAUCCAGCUGCACGGCGAGCUGAGGCUGGACAGGCACGUGCAGAGGCUGGUGGCGAACCGCAAGUAUCGGGACGCGCCGAAGGGCAGCAGGUCCUGGUCUCUGCGAGUCCGGGGCGGAGGGAAGCUCGACGGCUCGUACAAGCUAGUGGGGGCCCGGAGUGGCCGGCCUGCCUACCGGCGGCAGGACGGAGAGGUCCCCGUGGAGAUACGAUGGGAAGAUCCCUCGGGGGGCGGCGCCGGCCAGUGGCUGAUCGCAGACGCCGCCUCGGCCGACGGCGCUGGCAAGGUGCAUUUCUUCGCCGCAGGCGCUGCUGCCGAGGUCCCUCGGAGUGGCUGGGAGGCGCCACCAGAAGACCAGGGCAGCGUCUCCAGGAAGGCGUUCGAGGCGGCCCUAAAGGCCGAGGGCGUCGAGCCCGCGGACGUGGAUCGCCUCGCCGCGGCCCUGGCGAGCGAGGAGGGGGGCCGGGUGUUCCGGGCCGCCGGCGCGGGCGCGUCCUUCGACGAGGAGUGGCGGCGGCUGGCCCGCGAGCGGCCCGGGGGGGCCGACGAGGCCACGGCCUGGGGCUGGGCGGUGAGGGAGGAGCUGAAGCAGGUGCUCCAGGAGUUCCAGGUGCCCCGCGAGGCCCAGGUCUGGGAGACCAGCCACCCCUACCCGGCCAGGUGCCACCGGACCAGCACCGUGGUGCAGCUCGAGGGCCAGCCGGAGGGGCUCACCGUCCAGUUCGCCAGCAUGUCCCGCACGCUGAGCUGGUGCACCCAGGUGAGCGUCUGCGCCGGAGGCCUCUGCCCGGAGCGCGCCGGCGCCGGGGCGCGCGUGCGGCUCUGCGUGCCGGGCUGCGCGCUGCGCGAGCUGCUGGGCCACCGCGACCUCUGCGGCACGCGGAUGAUGGCCGCGGCGGCCAGCGCGGCGGGCGGCCUCCUGCGCGUGCGCCUCGACCCCGGCGGGGCGCUGGCGGAGCUGCCGAGGGGCGCCGCGCCCGAGGAGGAGGAGGAGGAGGAGGAGGAGGGCGCGCCGCCGCCCGAGUGCGUGGUGCCGUGCUCCGUGUCGCCGAGGACCGGGGUGAGGGUGCAGUACGGAGCCUCGUCGGAGGCGGCCGCCGACAUCGCGGGUUUCGCCCGGGGCCCCUCGUCGCCCCUGGCCCCCCUGGUCGUCGAGCUCCAGGGCGGCCCUGGCGGCAGGGCGUUCUCCGAGGGAGUGCGCGACGGGUGGCUCCUCGACUUGGAGGAGACGCUGUCGCAGUUCCACGGCGGGGCCGGGGGCUGCGCGGACGGCGGGGCCUCUGGUGAGGCACCCAAGGAUCUGGAGCAGGCUUUGAGCAACAUCGAUCAGACGCUCGCGUGGCUUCACAGCCUCCUGCGCGCGGACAACUCUGCCUUCUGUUUCAUGGAUGGAUUUCACUUCGACCUGCUGCCAGAGGCACACGUGUACUACCCGGACCAGGUCGGCAACGAGAUCGGGAGUUUCUUGAACGAGGGCCUGCUCCGCCCCGCCGGCUUUCUCUCCGCGGGGCCCGCGGCGGCCGCCGGCGUCGGGCCGGACUGGCGCCUGGACGUGGCCGCGACACUUGAGCUGUCUGGCGGCGCCGCCGGGCCGCUGGGGCCGGACGCCGCGAGGCUGCUGGGGCGGCCGCGCCUUCUCCGCCAAGCGUCCGGCGUGACCCUGGCGUUCCAUCUGCCGGCCGCGCACGCGCCGAAGGCCACCCUGUCCGGGUGCUCUGGCUGGACGGAGCUACUCGAGCUCGAGGGGGACCGCGCGACGUUCAAUUUCACGACCAACGGUGACAGUUUCGGCGGGGACUCCGAGCGCUGGGGGGCCUUUGCGCUCGUCAUGCCGUCCUUCCCCGCCGUGCCGCUGAGCCAGGAUCGCCUCGACGACCUCGCCAGGGCCUGGACGGAGAGGCGGGCGCGCGCCGAGGGCGUGCGGGCGGAGAAGCUGGCGGUGGGGCGCGAGGGCUGGGACGAGGCCCGGCUGAGGGCGCUGUGCACGCGCCACGGCUGGGAGUUCGAGUGGAUGACGGCGAGCGGCGCAGGCGCAUCGAGGAGGCGCAGGCGAGGGGCGGCGGCCCGCAGAGGGCCCAGAGCUAGGACGGCAGCGCGCCGCGGAGGAGCCGCCCGUGCCCCGCCGCGGGCGGUGCCUAAGCCGGCACCGGGCGGCGGGCGCGCCUCGCGGGGGCCGCCUGAGCGACGGCCCGCGCGGCGACCGCGCAGCGCGGCGCCUUCGCGAGCAGUGGGCCCGUAG